GUUUAAGACUACUUUCUAAACAACUCUCUUUCAAGACAUGACGACACCCAAUGAGCUAGCACAGCUUGACGUUGUUAGUAAUGGAGAAACAUUUCACCUGGAGGGUCAUCUGUGUUCCCUUUCUGCCUUUUCCCAUGUUCCUACACAUCGGGAUUUGCCGAAAGACAGAACAUAUUUUAACUCUUCUGAGAAGAAACAAGGAAAUCCUUGCAUAUAUGAUUCAAUCUUUUCUAAAGAGGAUGAUUUCAAUCCAAAGCUUCAUCGCAGUGAUCGCAGGCAUGAUAAACUUAUCGGAUUGGAAAUAAACCAAGAAGAGAAAAGUAAAGAUAUACCAACACUUUCAUCAUCAAUAUAUGGACAUCGUUUAAAUAAAAAUAUUGAAAAUAAUGAUCGUAAACAUGUUCGAAUUAUGCUAGUGGAAAGUGAAUUUUAUCGUCGUAAUGGAAUUAAUUUAUUAUAAUAAAUAAUACACUUCAUAUUUAAAUACAAUUAUUUUUGUAGACAUAAUGCAUAGAAACAACUCAAUUGUGUAUUAACCAAUCUCGUUAGUAUGUAUAAAAUUGUUGUUUUUUUGUUUUGCCAGUGAUUUUUGUUUGAUUUUACAUAAUAUGAAUUUGUUUUAUUAAACUAGUUAAAAAGUUAUCAAUAAAAAAUGUUGAUUGAGAUCAUGAACUGUUUGAUGUUAGAUCGUAAUUGAAAACCUGGAAGCAGUGAACGGUCGUUUCAUCCUAUUGUGGGAUUCCUCAGCAGUGCGCAACCACGAUCCCGCUACCGAGAUUCGACCCGACGACAUUUGGUUUCGUACGCGAACGCUUAACAUCGAGAACACUGAGCCAGCAUCCAGUGGUGUUAAUGUUUAACCUCAACCAAUUCAUGAAAUUGCGCAACUAUCUUUCAUUGUACUGAGGAAGAUACCUGUCUCUACUUGACAUAAGUUAACUCAUUUCUUU